GAUUGUAUUGGUGUAAUGUGUCACCGCUAAUGCACAUGUGUUUUGGAACGCAAUUGCUACGAAAGUCGUCAAUUUUUUUAUUUUUUGAAGAAGCACCAAUAGUUACAGCAUAAAAAUGGUAAAAGGGAAAAAGCCAUAUAUUGACCGGAAAAAGGCUGUCACAUUUCACUUGGUGCAUCGCAGUCAACACGAUCCCUUGGUGACAGACGAAACUGCUCCACAGCGUGUGCUGUUAGAGGCGAGUGCAAGGCAGUCGCAAGCAAAGCCACAGGAUGAAGCACCUAUAGACCCGGCGAAACGGCAAGAGGAACUGAAAAAGUUUGGUAUUCACUUUGACGAUGAUUACGACUACCUGCAACAUUUGAAAAAGAGAGAAAAUGAUGUAGUUUGGGAGUAUAUGGAGAAUCCUAACCAGGCAAAGAAGACAAACGCUGAGGAAGCCAAAUCGCAAAACAAGCUUCUGCUGCCGAGUUCCGUAUUUGCAAGUGAAUUUGAAGAGUCUGAGGGCAUGUUAAACAAAGCAGCUCCUCACCCCGGUCCGCGUCCAGAUUGGGAUCCGGAUGUUGUUGCAGCACUCGAUAGUGAUUUUGAAGACACCGAAGAGCUGGAAGACGAUUUCGUAAUGCAAGCAAUGGUCAGCGGUGAUGAAGACGAAGAUGGAGAGGAUGAUGAUUGGCAAGACGAGGACGAAGAAAAUGAUAUGGACUUUGAUUCGGAUAAUUUAAAUGAAGAUGAGAACGCUGACGAGUUAAUGGACCGCCUCGGUCCGUUGAUGCGAAAAAGUCGUUUCGACGAUGAGGAAACCAAGUCGCGCUUCACAGAAUACUCAAUGUCAUCCAGUGUUAUUCGCAGAAAUGAACAACUCUCAUUGCUAGAUGAUCGUUUCGAACAGUUCUAUGCAAGCUACGACGAUCCCGAGCUUGGAGAUCUCGCUUUGGAAGAUAUUGAGGGUCAGUGGCAUCAGAAACAUCCCGUUGUAAUGCAAUGUUUCCAGGAAUUCAAAAAGAAAAACGAAGAUUUAAAAUAUGACAAAGAGUGGGAUCGCGAACGCGUCAAAAAAUACUCAAAUGUUGUUGAUGGCGAACACGAUCCAACGGAUGAGUUGGUCGAAUACGAAGUCGAAGACGGCAAAGAAAAGAAAUGGGACUGCGAAUCCAUACUGUCCACCUAUUCAAACAUUUAUAACCAUCCCAAACUAAUUGACGAGCCGCGCUCCAAUCGACGGGCAGCUCCUAUUCAAAUCGAUCCUAAAACGGGUCUGCCCGUAAACGUGCUGCGUGGCAGCGCCGAUGCACAGCUAACGGCUAAGGCGCUGGCCAACUUGGCUGAUGAUUCACCAGAUAAGGCUGGUCCGAAAUCUCUAUGUGCCAAAUCGGUGCUAUCCACGCUGAGUGUUCUCUCCAUACGCCCCAAGGACGAAACUCCUGAAGAGAAGCGCGAACGCAAGCGUUUACUUAAGGAUUACCGCAGCGAACGUCGCAUCGAGAAGAAAGCCAACGCCGACGCCUUCAAGGAGGAGAAGAAACGACAGACACAUGUGAAAAUCAACCAGCGCACGAACCAGCAGGGCUCGACAAUUGUUUAGGCUGUUUAUUUUAAUAGUUUUAGUAACAUUAUAUGUUUAUUCUUGAAAAUGUUAGUUUUAAUAUACAAUCAUGGUAUGAAAAUAUCCUAUGUAUGAAUGUACAUAAAUAUAUUUAAC